AUGUUGGUCGAUCCAAUGUUUCAAAUUUUCAACGAUUGUGAUUUCGGGAAAAUCGGAAAAGAUGUUGCUAGACAUUGUCUAAUGUGCCGUCAACAUGGAAUCAUCGUGAAGACAAAGGGACACACAUGUCCGAGAAAAGAUUGCCAUUGUGAUCGGUGUGAGGCGAUAAGAAAUCGUCGUCAAAUCAUGAGCAUGCAGAUCAAAUUGAGAAGACAUCAAGAUAAAUUGUAUAGAGCGAACACCGUUCUCGUUGGAGCCAAUCAACAAGAGAAACAACAAGUCCCUUACGGUUUCGUGUACACGUGUCAACGUUGCAAAAAUCAUGGACUCAUUCGGAUGAGAAAGCGUCACAGUCGCGAAUGUUUGUACGCGAAUUGCGUCUGCGAGAUGUGCGUCCUCGUGCGACAAAGCACGAAAAUCGAUGACGUUUUUCGCCCGAAGAAAACGCUGAUCACGCAGAAAUCCGAUCCUGGACCACUCGUUUCGAGUGCCUUCGCGCCGGUAGCGAAACGGAUGGUGAGCCUGGACGAUGAAAUGAAGCCUUCAUUGCCCUCAUUUCCCAGCCAUCCAUCCUCAUCAGCUGUUUCAGCACAAUUCCCCUUUGUCUUUCAAUCGUUCUCACCAUUGAUUCUGAAAGAAUCUGAAAGAAUUGAAUUCUCGUCAUUGGCCGCGAAACUCUUUGAGAAGAAUCUCUCCACAAUGAACACCGUUGAACUCCUUGAGAAAUCUCCGUCACCAAUUGAGGCAUCAACAUCGGCCUCUCACUCCGUGUCAUCGCUGCUCUGUAUCCCCCCAUUCCCACUGAUGCAUCUCUCCUCAUCCGACCAUCGUUCUCCCCUCUCUCCCCUCUCAUCCACCCAUUCACCCCACUCCUCUCCAUCUCCAAUCUCAUCUCCAUCAUUUCCCUCGUAUCAUUCAACAAUUCCCAGUCUCAUCCCACCAAUCACCCCAAAUUCCGGCCUUCAAAUGCUCCAAAUCGAGCCCUCUCUCCUCUCGCAAUUAAACAUCUCAACAAUGCCCACACUGGCCAGCAUCUUGCAGAAUACUUUACAAACUGUU